AUGACACAGAUAUUGGCUCUGACCGGGAUAGUAACGGUGGCAUUGAUAUUUCGACUCGGAGUUAAAACAUGGGUUCGCUGGCUACUCCCUCGGGUCAGCUCUCCAGAGCGAAUAUGGGGUUUGGAGGAUCUUCUUUUCCUCGUUGGUUACGGCUUGGAUAUCGCGCAUAUGGCGUUUAUCCAGAAAAGUCUUAAUUGGGGUCUUGGAAGACACAUGUGGUUUUUAGCCGACGACGAACGAGCGAAGGCCUUACGAAAUGAAUUUAUAUCUCAACCUCUUGCGGUACUCGCAUCGAUGUUCUCUCGAUCAGGCAUGAUGUGCUUUCUUUACACCUGUUUCGGUAGCGCCGACAAGCACAUCCGACUUAGCAUCGUGGUCUGUAUUAUCAUACAGGUCAUCGCGAACUCAGUCACAGCGAUACAGAUUAUUGUCCAAUGUGGUCCGACGUCGUUUAUCGCACCCAACCGUGUCGCCUACUUCCACUAUAUGUGGGAUCCCCUUCCCUCUGAUGGAUCAGUUGCUUGCCAGUCGCCCGAAGUUCAAACAACCAUUGGAUUUGUCCAAGGAGGCCUCAACACAACGGUUGACUUUUUCCUGACCAUAAUUUCUGCCAUUCAGUUAUGGCGAUUCACGAUUCGAGCCACAGAUAGCGGACCCUCCGGCAGCAAUUCGUUUCUUGCCAAGUUCCACAAUAUGCCGAAGCAGACUCGUGCUCGCCGCAUGUGGCAGACCAUUACUCUGAGCGGACCAUUGUUGCUAUCGGGGAUUGCUUCGAUUGUGAAAACAUAUCUUUUAAAAUCUAUUGGGGACGAAAACGAUAUCACACACAAUACUGUGCCAUUUGUAUUAUGGGUCAAGAUCGAAAACUACAGCAUUCUCCUCGCAACUUGCGCCCCCGUGGUUCGGCUCCUCAUCCGCAUGUUAUCGGAUAACCACAACAACACUGGAAGCUAUUGGUCUCAUAGCCGAUCGCAUCAAUUCCAGGAGGGAUUCGAACUGGACAAACACCAUCACACCCACAGCAAAGGCGCAGUGGUCAUGUCCGUUUUUGCCGUUCAGGUUGACUCUGAUGGAGCUUCCACCUCGAGGCUUGUGCAUUAA